CUUGCCCGGCUAGCUGUCAGGCAGUGUUUGAUACGGGAAGGGCAUGGAGCUGGAGCCUCCGAUGUUGUACACUUAUUUAAGCGUUAUUUUUUGUCUUAAUGUGUCCACUCGAACUCUCUUUUUGUUUCGACAAACACACUAGCUAGCUCUUCGGCUCGCUAGCUUGCAUGCGAAGGCAACGUUUAGAAGUAAGAUAGCUAGACAGACAGAAAAGCCCCGGCAUGGCGUUAAUCCUGUUUACGAGGUCCAGGGCACCUUUAAUAACAACUUCCAGAUCGUUAAACAACGAUUUACGAAAGGCUAAAGGGAAAGUAAAAGAUGCUUCCUGUUUUAACUGCACUGCAUUAAGACUUUCUAGUCAAAGACUGAACGGGUUCCGACUCGUCAGCUCGACCCAGCUCUCUCAAUUCGGCCCAUCCGUCUUCUGGUCCGAUGGAUACGUUGGCCCCUCUUGGAGCUCGGACGCACAGCACCUCUUCUGCGAUUUUGCACUUGGGGCCUCCGCUUCGCCGUACCCUGCCAUUGCUGCAAGAUCGUGGCGGCAGGACGUCCCCUGGGGUGUCAGGUGGAUACACACCUCGUCGGGAAGGUGGGACGACUCGAAGGUGGAGAAGUCGCUGCGGUCACUAAAGGACAAGAAGAAACUAGAAGAAGGGGGCCCGGUCUAUAGCCCAACCUUGGACGUUGAGCCUGUCAGGCGGACACUGCGACAGAGGGUUGUGGAUGAAAUCAAACACUACUAUCACGGCUUUAGGCUGCUAUUUGUUGACACCACCAUCGCUGGUCGUAUGCUGUGGCAAGUACUGAACGGACAUGGCCUGUCCCGCCGAGAGAGGAGACAGUUCCUACGAACCUGUGCAGAUGUCUUCAGACUUCUUCCCUUUCUGGUGUUCAUCAUUGUCCCCUUCAUGGAGUUCCUGCUUCCUGUCGUUCUCAAGCUCUUCCCCAACAUGCUGCCGUCCACCUUCGAGACACAGUCAAAGAAGGAGGAGAGGUUGAAAAAGGAGCUGCGGGUCAAACUGGAGAUGGCCAAGUUCUUACAGGACACAAUCGAGGAGAUCGCUCUGAGGAACAAGGCAGCCCAAGGCAACGUGACUGAAGAGUUCUCCACCUUUUUUCAGAAGAUCCGAAACUCAGGAGAACGUCCCAGCAAUGAGCAGAUCUUGCGUUUCUCCAAACUCUUUGAGGAUGAGCUGACUCUGGACAACCUGACGCGACCCCAGCUGGUGGCGCUCUGCCGCCUCCUGGAGCUCCAGUCCAUUGGGACCAACAACUUCCUGCGCUUCCAGCUCAUCAUGAAGCUGAGGAACAUCCGUGCCGAUGACAAGCUGAUAGCGGAGGAGGGCGUGGAGAGCCUCAAUGUGAAUGAGGUGCAGGCUGCAUGUCGGGUUCGAGGGAUGAGAUCUCUCGGUGUCACAGAGGAUAGACUCCGGGAGCAGCUCAGCCAGUGGCUGGAGCUGCAUCUCACCCAGCAGAUUCCCACCUCCCUGCUGCUGCUCUCUCGAGCCAUGUACCUCCCUGACACCCUGUCCCCUGCCGACCAGCUGAAGACCACCCUGCAGACACUUCCUGAGAUGGCGACGAAGGAGGCUCAGUUAAUGGUGGCCGAAAUGGAGUUGUCUAAAGUGGACAAUAAGACCAAAGUGGAGACCACGCUGCAGGAGGAAGCGGCCAUACGUCAGGACAACAAGGACAGGGAGAUGGAGAGACUGGCUGAUGCUGCUGAGAAGGCUGCCAGAGACGACGAGUUGGAGCAGGAGGCCGAGCGAAGCAGACACCUCCAAGUAACAUCUCAGGCUGCCCAUUCCGACAUGCUCAGGGACACAGCGCCGGUCGUUGAAGGAGUUAAAUAUGAACAGUGGCAGACAUUCCUGCGCUAUCAGGGUGAAGAGAUCACCAAAGAGGAGAUCGACAUGAUCAGCGACGCCUGCUCCAAGCUGAAGGAGCAGAAGAAGCUGCUGACUCUGGAGAAAGAGGAGUUGGAGGAGCUCAAGGAUGACGUCCAGGAAUACAACGAGGACCUGGAGGAGAUCAAGAAGGAGCUCUCCAAGACAGGCCAAGAGAAGGCGGUGCAGGAGUCCAAGGCCAGCCAGCGUCUGUCCAAGAGAGUCAACCGCAUGAUAGGACGCAUCGACAACAUCAUCCUGGAGCUGGAGAAGGACAAGGUGAUCCUGGACGGACAGAUGGACAGCGGAACCACUCCACCUGUCGGUCUCUUCUACACCUUCAGGGAGAACCUCAUCAGCAUUGACGAGCUCAUUGGCGUCAUGCGGCAGAUCCAGAACAUUCCAGAGCACAAGCUACAGAGCAUCGCAGAGGCGCUCGAUGACAACAAGGACGGCAAGAUCGACAUCGACGACGUCAUUAAAGUGGUGGAGCUGAUCGACAAGGAGGACAUCGACAUCUCCACCUCACAGGUGGCCGACAUCAUGGUGAUGCUGCAGAAGGAGGAGAAGCUGAUCGAGAAGGAGAAGGCCAAAGACAAGACGGAAAAAGAGCAGGCGGCCAAGCUGAACGGCUAGUGGUGCUGACGCCAUCAGGAAGCAGUUAAACUGAUAAGUGGUGAAAGCAAAAAAAAAAAAAAAAGGCAGAAUGUAACAAAAAAAUGCUUUCUGAAAUGUUCUUUCACCACAAACUGACCUCGUGUAAAUUCAACAAAAACAGACCUAUUGCCUUUAAAAGGCAGCAAAUAAUGGACGUGAUCACGUUAAAUACACUUCAGUCUGGUGUUAUUAUUUAUUGGACCAGGGGACACGGUCAUCCCCAGCAUGAAAACUAAGCAGGAACAAUAGAGAACAAAUGAAUGAAUGAAUGGUGGUGCACUUAGAUAAGUACAACUGUCUUGUACGUAAUUAUGACGCGUAUCACUGGAUGUUUCCACCAAAGACACUUACCAGCGUAUGACUGUCACGUAGACAAUGGCUUAAAGAGACGUUAACAUCAUUUCAUUUUUCUACUGCGUCAUCUCAGUUUGUUUGCUGAUUACAGCCGCUCUCACCAUUUCAUAAUCACACAAACUACUUUGGCUAGCAGCCAGACAGCUGUCAAUCACUUCCCUGCUGUGGUGGAGGGUGUUCGCUCAUUGACUUUCUGCGCAGGGGUUUGUUUCAGUGGCCUUAGUGGGGGACAUCUUUCAGUUUAUUUGGAUGAGCGCUAGAGGGCAAUCAAGAGGUUUUCUCCUCCGGCUGGAACUUGAAAGUUUCAGUUGAGCUAACUUUCAUCAGCAGCUUGGAUGAAAUUCAGUGUGAUGGUGAUGGCUUACUUUGCAAACCAUGUACUAUUUGACUAAUAUUGACAAUAUAGUAGAUCCCCACUUUUUGCAGGGGCUACAUCCCAGGACCACCUGCGAACGGUAAAAAAACGUGUCUACUUUGAUACUGCGUGCCUGUUGUAAUUCCAGCACCGACUUACCGUCAUAUAUUAACUUGGAAUGCAAGUUUUGCAGACCAGAUUGAUUGUCAAAGCGAGUGUUUCCAUAGCCGUCGCACAGCAUGCAACUUUGGUGCGUUCAAGGACCGCCGAACAAAGUGAAAAAUCUCUACACUUGACUAAAAAAAAGCAUCAGUAAAGCAGUUGUGAAUGUGCGGGGAUCCACUGUAUUUUGUGUCCGCUUGUCGGAGGAGCAGUCUCUGUUCCACUUGGCAGAGGGUGCCAGUGUUUACGGCCCAAAGGCUUCAGGCUGCAUCCUGCACAGUAACAGCACCUAGGGUUCAGAGGUCAGAGGAAGGAAUCACACAGUGUGUAGAUGUCAUUUUCACUUGAUUUCCAGCAUUAGUUUGAGCAAAUUAUGAUACUUUUUUAGGUAGCCAAGUAAAUGCACUAUUUGAUUACUGGGAUGUGUUGGCAACCGUCCUCAAUGUUGUACCAUUGGGACAACGCACUGAGCAUAUAGGCAUUUUUUUGGGUGGGGUGGGGGAAUUUUUGCUUUCAUUUCUUUCUUUCUCAGUGGCGUCAGAGGUGCUUUGUUUGGAUUCACAUAGUCGUUAUUAUGAAAUAUUUUGUGGGCACACGUGACCUAUAGCAGCAGCUCUUCUUGUCACCAGAUAAAUAGAAGAAUAUUUAUUUUUUCUGGUAGAAAUGGACUUUAGAAAAGGCAGCUGGAGGCAGACAGGAAAUGAACGAGCAGCUAAGGUCACUUGCUUUAGGAUACUUGAAAAGAAAGGAGAGAUCACAAUCACAGUGCAAGCAUCGUGUCACAGUGAGUAGUGAUGGUUGAUUGAAUAUUUGACGGCUGGUUGAUUGUCACCACGUUGAUUGUAUUGCCACUAAACUGCUAAAAAUUAACCAAAAAAAAGUGUGAUGAUAAAAAGAGCAUUAGAAUAAAUCUUUAGAUCCUAUUAAAACCAAAAAAUAUAUAGUAGCCAUGUUUUUUUGCAGCACAAUUUAGACUCUUUAUUUUUGAAUAAUUGUUAUUUAUUUAACCUUUUUUUUCCUGAUGCAAAUUUGGUGAUUUUAAUUUUUGUUUUGAAGAAAUUGAGCAGGUUCGAGUUUUAGUUGAGAAUGGAUGAAAAGCUUCAGUUUUCCCCCAAUCAGAGUCAUGUCAUUGUACAGAAGGGAGCAAGACAAAGUGGAAUAAACAGCUGAAGAUCCUGGGGUUCUUUGUUUCUUUUUUUUGCCAUCUUUUCUUUCUUCAUGCUUUCUUUAUCUUCACUCUGUCAUCUUUCUGUUGCACCUUCAUUCACGGCACCUGGCACCUGGUGAUCACAGAGGAAGAUUGGUCUUCUGGGGCCGAAUCUAGUUCUCCGGACAUGGAAUAUCACAUUAUGACCCAACAUAGUCGGACUCACCUCGACCCACAGCUGGUGACUCCAUAGUUCUUCUGAGAGACUUCAAUGGCCAUGUGGGCAAUGACAAUGGGAGCUGGGGGGCGUGACUGGGAGGAACGGCCUCCCUUAUCUCAACCCGUGUGGUGUAAUGUUGUUGGACUUCUUUGCGAACCACAGUUUGUCUAUAACAAACACCUCACCUGGACUCACCCUAAGAGAUGGUGAGGAGCUCGGUCAUCCGGGAGGAACUCAGAGUAGAGCCGCUGAGCCAGUUGAGGUGGCUCAGGCAUCUAGUGCGGAUGCCUCCUGGACGCCUCCCUGGUCAGGUGUUCUGGGCCAGUCUGGCCUGUUUGCAAAAAAGAUCAAUUAUUCUUGAUUAAUUCAUCCCUUUUUAAAAUAUUGUCAUGCUUUAUGGUAGAAGUGGGCUAACAAAUAGAAAUGUUAUACAAAUUUAAACUGGAAUGUUUUUUAAACAAAAUAUAGCAUGUAAUGUCAUGGGGACGCAAAUGGCGCCAAAUUGUAGGAAUGAUCCAGUUGUCAACAUAGACCACCAACGGCGAUGGAGAAGGUGAACUUGGCUGCGAGCUGCAGCCUGUAAUUGGCAACCACUUUGCUCCCGCCUCCUUCCUUCAUCGCUGACAAUCAAAAGACGUCUGCACCUUACUUCACUGGGUAGGCGGGGCUUGUCCGGUGCGUCCUGUCUGAGGCGUUUGGGCCUCUGGGUGAACACAUUUGAUGUCAGGAAGCGUCUCCUUGAGGGCCUUUGUGGUUAGAAGAUGAUGUGAUGAUGAGGUGCUGACUGAGGAUGAGAGCGAGGAAACAAAUAGAUAAUUUUUACACUUUAGGCAUCCUUUUUAUCUGAAGAAGAUGACGACUGCUUCAUUGCCUGCAGGCUCUUACUCACUGUUAAUUAUGUAGUAAUUAAAGUUAUUUGACAUUAAUAUUAUUUCCUGUCAUUUCACCUAGCAUUAGAUGAGUAGUUUUUCUACUUAAAUAAUUUUAUCCUUGGGAUAUAUCCUUUAAAGUUACUGUAAAGUCAACUAGUAUGUGUUGUAAUAUAUGUUAUACCUUUAUUUACAGUUUAAAUACAUUUACAAUAUUUAUUUUAACACGCAACUGUCAUGAAAACAUUGAGCUAGUAUCGGUAUAUUGUUUCACAUCUGGAUCAUCUCCGAGUGUGAUUGCCUCCAUUUGUAUAAAACAUCUGUUUUAUUUUUUUAAUCACAUUAAACAAUGCUGUAACAUCUCCUUUGGUGGUUUUCAGUGUAUUUACGUUAAUAUUGUUCACAGUAUUGUUAGGUUUUUGAAGGCAUUUUAUGUAAUGUUUUUUUCACGUCCGAAUGGGAUAAAUGUGGAAUUACAUUUUUGGUAGUACACACGCCAAACCACCAGAGGGCAGUAUCUUAGCUAUAACGUUUCAAACAACAACUACCAUAGCUGGAUUUAUACGGCGAAACUGACACUUUAUGACCCAAGAUCUCAUUUAAAUAUGGUUUGUGAGUUAAAUAGGCCAGAUAGUAUUUAUUAUUUACAUUAUUUUACCAGGCCGCACGGUGGUCUAGUGGUUAGCAUGUUGGCCACACAGCCACAGUCUGGAGACCAAAAUUAAAUCUACAUUGUCUAUAGGUAUGAAUGUGAGUGUGAAUGGUUGUUUGUCUAUAUGUGCCCUGCGAUUGGCUGGCGACCAGUCCAGGGUGUACCCUGCCUGUCGCCCGAAGUCAGUUGGGAUAGGCUCCAGCAUACCCCCGCGACCCUAAUGAGGAGAAGCGGCAUAAAAAAUGGAUGGAUGGAUUAUUUUACAAAACAGUUUCACCACCGUGACUCACUAUCGCCUUCAGUGGAACAAAUUGGUACUACAAAGUGCACAUAGCAGUGUGUUCAUUUCCCCCGACGUUAUGAUGUAAAUGUUUGAAUAAUGCAAACUGCAGCAAUCAUGACUAUCAGUAACUCAAAGAUGUAAAUAUUACCAUCACUGGUAUGUUGCCUUCCACACAGUUGUUGAGAUUCUUGUGGUUGCAUUUAAAUUACACCAUAAGAGGAUAUUUGUUUUUCCUGGAGUAUUAAUAAGAAAGCAAAACAUCUCACAAACUCCCUAAAUGAGAACAAACUGUUGUCUGCUGUAGUGUGAUGAAGACAAAUACUGUCUCAAU